CGACCAACAGUAUCCCGGAGACGCCAGCAACAGCAACAUACCAACACCGGAGCACCAGCGGCAGCGCACCAGCAGCUGCAGUAUUUUUUUUCUCACCAGCGAUCGCGAUAUAACACAAUCGUUAUCGAUUUAUUGGUAUUACCUAUUAUACUUAAACAUUUUAUUUCUAUCGACUCCGAAUUUGGCGUACUGUAUAUUAUAUAUAGUACAUAAAAUAUAGCAGUUGGCGCGUUAUUCGUCGACGUUACGUUUCUCGUAUUGCCACUGUGUUUUUUUUUUUUUUUUUUGUAACCGCGAGACCGAAAACGCGAAAUAAAAAUAUCCGAACCACCCCUACAGUGCAGUUCCGAGGGCGGCAAUCCGCACUCUCGUACAAUACUGUCCAUCAUUUGACAUUUGCGACGACGUUUAUUUUAGUGACACGCCACCAACGAUGAGGACCAUCGGCAGCAGCAGCACAAGCUGCAGCGUCGUGAUUUUAAUGUCCAUAGUCGUCGCCGCCGCUGCCUUUGAAGACUUUAACGCCGCCGCACCGUCACUACAGGCUAACUUCAAUGGUGAACCACAGAAGCAACUACAGCGUGAAACAAGAUCUUUAGACGUUAUCACCCGGCUAUUGGGUAGCAGUAGUGGGACAGUGGCUGGAUCAUCAUCCAGUGGAACAUUGGACGGAGGAGCAGCUUCAGCUUCAGCACCGGCUGAUGGUAGCAGUGGCAGCGGAUCCGUAUUAAAUCUAGUAGCUCCGUUGGUGGGCAGCAGUAGUGGUAGCGUUAGUGCUGGAUCAUCGGGAUCUGCAUCUGGCACAGGAGAUGUCAGCAAAACCGACGGAAGUGGGCCGGACUUGGCUGGCCCAAAUGGAGCCACUGGUGGCAGUAGCUUCUCCAGUAUUCUGUCUCUUCUGGGACCUGUGUUGGGUAGCAGCAGCGGUAGUGGUGGUAAUGGUGGUGACCCAGGAGACAAUAGCAGUGGAGGUGCCGGAAGUCCAGCUGGUUCUAAUGUCUUGAGUCUGUUGUCCGGUUUACUGGGUAGCAGCAGCGGGUCCAGUGGUACUUCAUCUGGCAAUGGCGACGCUGGUGCUAGAGAUUCAACAAGCGAUGCAGGUGACGAUACGGGCGCCGGAGCGGGUGGUUCGGGAUCCGGUAGUAUAUUGCAAUUGAUCGGGCCACUGUUAGGCAGUAGCAGCGGUGGAGCCGGUGGUGACGGUGGCGAUGGUACCAACGGCGGUACCGGCGGUGGUUCUGACAUUUUGGGUUUCUUAGGAUCGAGCAGUGGUUCCAGCAGCGGAGGGCCAGGUGGAAAUGGAGCUGCUCCAGCUUCUGCCACCCCGGUAAGGAGGCGUCAGAUCGGAGGCUUUUUCCGUCGACCAUUCGCAGCAAACACUAACGAGCCAGACGUCACGUAUACACAAUUGUUGAACGACCGACCCCGUGACCUGCGUCGCCGAUUGUGGUUGUAAAUCACUAAUGGCAGCGGUAACGGCGGCGGUAGUGGCAUACACUCAUUAAAUAGUACUUAGUAUAGUAGUAAUUGAGCACCAACACCAGCUUAAGCUCACUCUAUAUGUAUAUAUAUGUAGUAGUUACCGGCUAAUAAGCGUCAUCCGACGUUUAGAUCAUAAAAAUCGUCGUUUAUACCAGGCGAUGUGUAUAUAUACAUAAUAUAAAUAAAUAUUAUGUGUUAUAAAAUUAUAAAUUAACGUACGAAUAAAUCAAAUAUGGACGGCGACAACGAUCGUAAAUUUGAGACAAAAAAUUUCAUCGUCACGUUUGUUCCACUCACCGACUUCUAUUAAUCUUUUACACACACGCUCACUCGCGCUCUUUCUCUCUCUCUCUCUCUCUCUCUCUUAAUAUCUCUGUGGUAGUGUGGUCAUAUUAUGUAAUACUCACUGAUGCAUAAAUUAUAUGAAAGUUUUCAAGCCUGUAAUAAAGUACAGUAGUUGGUUGUAAUUUUGAGAGCGAACACUCGCGUUUAAACAUUGAUUUACUAAUUUCACAUAUAUUAUGUAUUCUAUGUGCUGCACACACGUAUACGAAUAAUUUAAAAAAAUAAAAAAUAUAAUAAAAAUCCUUUUUUACAGUAUUACCAAAUAAUGUUUUAUUAUAUGUAAAAAGUAAUGUAAUAUUGCGUUUUUGGAAAUAUAUUAAUAUUGAUUAAUUCGUAAUUGUUCCAACGGUGAAAUAGAUAAAACAUUAAUCAAUACAUUUUUGAUUUUAAUUUCUUAAAAUAUAUUUACAAUCAUUUUAUUGUGCUUUGUGGGAAAAAAUUCGCCCAUUGGACUUACAGUUGACCACUGACCACUGUUUUCGCGAAUACAUUGAGAAAUCAUCACUAAAAAUAUUUCUAGUCUUUCGUCGUCGGCGUCUGUUUUUGACCGUUCAUCCGUACAUCGUCUUAAUAAAUUAUGUUAAGUUAUUACACCUAUAUAUAUAUAUAUAAUGUAUAUUUUUAAUGUAUUAGUUUAAUAUAGUUCAUAUAAACUUAUUUGUAUACACACAUGUAGAUUCUCUGUAUGUGUGU